AGCGGGUCUUUGAUGUAGGCAGGCUGAUCACAGAUCAGAUACACGCGCCUCUCUCCGCCUUUGAUCUCGGCGCAGUGUGUGCUGGAUCUGCGGCUCUGUGCUGAGCUGAGCUGGGGCAGCAGCGCUGACAUGCUGAGCAGACCGGUGCGGGAAACACACCACCACACCUCUCACCGGUCUGCUUUCGACCUGUAAGACCCACUAUUUUGAACCACAGGCACCUUUUUCAGCAGCUACUGGCAACAAGUGGCUUAUCAAAAUGGUCUGGAUAAUUCAGCGCACCUUCUCUCUUGUACUAACAUUACAUGUUAUAUAUUCAACUCUGGUUCCCGUGAGGGCUGAGGAGGAGACCCGAGAAUGCAGAGAACAGGAGUACAAGGACCGGUUUGGGAACUGUAAACCCUGCAAGCAGUGUGAUGCAGGGCAGGAGCUUUCAAAGGAAUGUGGCUUUGGUUAUGGAGAGGAUGCCCGGUGCGUGCCCUGCCGGAGCAGCCGCUUCAAAGAGGACCGGAGCCUGCAGAAGUGCAAGCCCUGCCUGGACUGCGGACUCAUCAACCGCUUCCAGAAGGGCAACUGCUCCACCACCAGCAACGCCGUGUGUGGAGACUGUCUGCCCGGAUAUUACAGGAAGACGAAAUUAAGUGGUUUCCAGGAUAUGGAGUGUAUACCCUGUGGGGACCCUCCGCCUCCCUAUGAGCCUCACUGCAGCGGGCGUGUGAAUCUAGUGCCGCUGCCCUCGGUGGUGACCAGUCCGCGGGACAUGGCCCUGGCCGCUGUCAUCUGCAGCGCUCUGGCUACAGUGCUGCUGGCUCUGCUGGUCCUCUGCGUCAUCUACUGCAAGAGACAGCUGCUCGAGAAGAAGCCUAGUGCAACCUCUCUGAGAUCACAGGACUGUCCGUACAGCGGGGCGGAGCUGUCCUGCCUGGACCCCCGCUGGCUCCACGACUUUCCCCAGAGACCCUGCUGCCAGUGUCACCUGGGCCCAGGACACACCUGUGGUCCGGUCCACUUGAUCCCAUCUCUGUGCUGUGAUGAGAGCUGCAGUCUGGGCCGCAGCCAGGAUAACAGUCCCUUCCAGUCUCAGACAAGCCUCAGUGACGGAAGUAAAAACCAGGAUGAGGAGGGCAACCCAGUGCAGCUGGGAGGACAUCCAGAGUCUGUACCUGGAGAGGCUGCUGGGGCGACUGGGAACUCAGAACCUGCAGGGAGACCGGAGGAGGACGAGAAAGUGGAUGAGCGCAGGUCAAGAGAGAAUUCACCUGAGAGGACCAGACAGAGCUACAGUGAAGCUGUGACAGAUGCACUUCUUCCCAAGUAGCACCCGACGACUCAAGAAGGAUGACAUGGAUUUCUUUGGCUCAUGUUCCACCCUUGAACCACCCUGGACUCAACAACAGCAGCGGCCAGAUCCCGUUUCAGAUUACCCCCCCUCCCCACAAAAAAAGCCACCCACCAAUACACACAUACACAGCCACUCUCAAGUGUGGUCGCACUGCCUCUUUGAAAUGCCUGCAGCUGACCUCAGAGUCCCUCAUCAAAGGGUCCAAAUGGAAUAUGUACAUACAUGCAAACAAAAAGCACUGCUGAGGAAAAGCAAAGCACGAGGGCAAAGGCAUACACACACACACACACACACACAUACACAUACACACACACAUAUACACAUAUACACACACACACACACACACACACACACACACACACACACACAGAGAGUCAUGUUUCCAUCACUUCAGAGGACAUUACAUACACUUACAUUCAUUUCCUGGAGACUUAUCCUUAUCUUAACCAUUACCGCAACUUGCCUAACCCUUCCCCCCUAACCUUAAUAUAACCCUAAACUAAUCUUAGCUUUAAACUAAGUCUUUACUCUAAAAGUAAAGAUUUACAUUACGGGGAGUUGUUUUUUGCCCCAAUAAUGGAGGCAAGUCCCCAUAGCAUAUGGAGUAGCUGGUACACACAUAUACAUAUAUCAGAUCAUGGUCACUUUUGCAGACAUUACAUAGAAAUACACUAACACUUACUAUAACCACUGACCCAAAAAUCAGCUUUUAUCCCCAAUUAACUGGUCUUAAUUAUUCAAUGUGUCCCCAGAAGUAGCCUAUGACAUACCACACACACUCACACACAGAGAGAGAGAGAGAGAGAGAGAAUGUGAACUUGUUGGCCCAGAAGGUUAAAGUGAAUGAAGUUCAAACGUCGAGGAGUAUUGACUGGUCAAAGUGAGCCUCAGCUCCGCUUUGAGAAGGUCUUGCAUUGCCACAUGUAAGAGGAUAUAAACUGUACCGCAGAUCUAGCAGCUGGUGUUAUGAAGCUUUUGUGUGUAAAAGUAACAGUUCUAAAAAAAAAAAAAAAUUGAGGUGUGAAGAAAAAAAAAAACAUGUCAAAAGUUGUUUGUUGCACAUUGAAGACAAUCUUGAAAAAUAUGGAACAAGUUAAGACAAAGAGGAAUGUUUAAGUGAUAAACGUGUUGUAGAUACUGUAAAAUAGUACAUAGGUCAAUAUUUUUGUAACGUAGACAUUUCUGACAAUAUGUUUGCUUCUCUUCUCCCAGUUAUAGUGUUGAUGGUUGUGAACAGUCACUUCCACGUGAUAUCAUUUUACAUGUUUGUAAAUAAACCACUUGAACAAGUUCAUGCACUGAGUCAUUUAUUUUAGGUAAAACGAUUAAAAAGGAUAAUUUAUUGAAGCCCUAAUUCAUUUUAUUUAUAAAGUCUUUUAAAGGGGUAAUCAAGCUAUUUAAUACCACACUUCCACAAAGUUGAGGGACUCAAAAGAGACGAUUUAAAAAAAAAAGAAGACCUCAGUGGUGUUGAAACGAUUAAUUGAUCAACAGUAAAUUAGUCAACAACAGUUAUAACAUUAUCUCUGUUUUAGACAUUAGGUUGGGAAAAAAACAGCCAAUCUGCAGACCUCGUCAUCUUAGGCUCCAAGAAAACAUCACAGACAUUUUUCACUAUUUUUCCUUCACUCCUUUACGAGACUAAAAUCUUUUAACUAAAUAAAGAUUUAACAAUAAUUAGGAUAAUUGUUAUUUCCAGCUCUACAACUUGGGAGUCUUUUUGUUGGACCCUCCCUUCCCUCUAAACUUCCUUAUCUUUCAAACGUAUGGCCCCAGUUUGUAAGACAGGCUUUACAUUGAAAGUGUGUAAACUCCAAGCCUGAGCGGAGAUACCCGAUGACAUCAUCAGGGUUUGUGUGUUUUAAAUUAAACUUCCUUCACAUCCACAGGAGACACUACACAACUCUUCCUACAGGCUGAGUUGUACUUCAUGUCAAGUAAACUCAUUUUGAUUUGUAAAACUGAUUGGUGACAUGUCCCUUUAAGUAACCUCACCUCCUUAAACAUUGUUUUCAAAAUCUAACCGAAACACAGUCGCAGAGUCUGUGCUGAUAUAAUCUGUCUAAAGUUCAGCUGGAAAUGGAUCACAGAGAUUAAAAAAAAAUGCAACAUGUUAGAGAAACAUCACAACUAGACAGUCAAGCUGCUGUGAUGCAGCCACCCAGCUCGCUCCGUCUCUCUCGUGGUGUGUUCACACCUUCAAUAACCGUGUGAAGCUGCUCCUCGCCGCCUGCCUCGGGACUCAUAUCCUUGCGAGGCAAGCAAGGACAUUGUUGCAGGGAGCAGCUGCAGUCGCAGCUCAGCUGAUAAUUACCGUCUGAAUCUGUUGAAACAGAUGCAAACAGAUGGUUUGUCUAGCAGACUGUACUAUAUGUUCUGCAGCGUCAGUGUGAAAGAUAACAACUACGAGAGGCUCUGCUUUGCUUUGAAGUCUGAACGGCUUUAACACCAUGAGGAGUAACACAAUCUUAUAAGAAUGAACAAUAACUUUCCAGAAUAAUACAAGUGUUGUUUAAAAUCAUGGUUGCUGAAUGAUGUACGUAUUAGCGUGUGUAAUACAUUCCUGUUUGCACUUUGUUACACAGCUUUGUGUUACUGAAGUUCAGCAGUUUCAUUUGCAUUUUUUUGUGCAACAUUUUCGACAUCUUCAGUGACUAGAAAACAAUGGAUUCCUUUCAGCUAUUUCCAGAGAACAUUCCUGCAUUUUCAACAGCAGGAAUUUAAGAUAUAAUUGUAUGAAUAUAGCUGGUUAGCCAAAUAACGGGCAA